UUUAUCUUCGCUGACCCCAUGCAUGCACGCAAGUACAACAACUGAAGUACUACGAUAUUAUCAUAGUCGCUCCGAUAAUCGCCGUUUUUAAUUUUUAUACCUAUUAUCAUAAUUCAUAACAUUACAUACGCUCGACUAGUUCCCCGCCGAGGUCACACUCUUGCACCGGCAUCAGACAGUCGAGAAUCCCAGAUCACAUUUUUUUCGUGACCGCACCGGCAGACAGUGUCGAUCGAACGCCAUUCCUAAGCCGGCAGUCGAGUUGGUAGACCAGUUGACAAGACUUCACGAGGACGCGCCCCAAACGACAACUUCGAAAAUGGCUGAAGGUGAACCAAUCAGGGUAGUUGUAACUGGCGCUGCAGGCCAGAUUGCAUACUCAUUGAUAUCUAUGAUUGCCAAUGGAGAUGUAUUUGGAACAAAACAACCAGUCAUUUUACACCUCUUAGAUAUCCCUCCAGCAAUGGGAGUUCUUGAAGGAGUUUGCAUGGAAAUUGAUGAUCUGGCUUUACCCCUGGUGAAAGGCUAUGUAAAAACCACUGAACCAGAAGUAGCAUUUAAAGAUGUUGAUGCUGCUUUCUUGGUGGGUGCAAUGCCAAGAAGGGAAGGUAUGGAAAGAAAAGACUUGUUGUCAGCUAAUGUGAAGAUUUUCAAAGUACAAGGUGAAGCUUUGAACAAAUAUGCUAAGAAAGACGUUAAAGUUUUGGUUGUUGGAAAUCCAGCAAACACCAAUGCUUUAAUAUGCUCUUUUUAUGCUCCUUCUAUACCUAAAGAAAACUUUACUGCUAUGACAAGACUUGAUCAAAACAGAGCCCAAUCAGCUAUUGCUAAACGUCUUGGACUAUGUGUAAGCAAUGUCAAGAAUGUAACAAUCUGGGGUAAUCAUUCGUCUACUCAAUUCCCUGAUGUUUUUAAUGCAACAGUUAAAUCAUCUGGCAGCUCAAAAAGCGUAUAUGAUAGCAUAAAUGAUUCACAAUGGCUUGAAGGUGAUUUUAUAAAGACCAUUCAAACUAGAGGAGCGGCUGUGAUUCAAGCUAGAAAGAUGUCGUCAGCUAUGUCUGCUGCUAAAGCAGCUGUUGAUCACAUGCGUGACUGGUGGUCUGGAACUUCUGAUGGUACUUGGGUUUCAAUGGGAGUUAUCUCCGAUGGUUCAUAUGAUGUGCCAAAAGGUUUGAUUUAUUCUUUGCCAGUAUCCAUUUCAAAUAAACAAUGGAAAAUUGUUCAGGGUUUGAAAAUAACCGACUUUGCCAAGACCAAAUUGGAUUUGACAGCUAAAGAACUACUCGAAGAAAAAGAAGAGGCUAUGGCUGUUUGUAAUGCUUGACAUGUGUUACCCCCAACCAACUGUAAGCUCUGAAUCUGCUGCUGUAUCCCGGGCACGAUUUUUUUUACUAGUGAUUAAACACGAGGUUAGGGGGUCAUCCCAAUCUCAAGAUUGUCAUUCAUGAGUCAUACUUAAAGAUCUUACAAUGCUGCAUUCAUUCCCAAAAAUGUAUGCAUUCUUUAAUUAAUAUGUUAC